AUGACUGCUGCCUUGAACCGGUUUAUCUCUCGAUCAGCAAAUAGAUACAGACCCUUCUUCCUGUUGAUGAAUAAAUGGAAGGGAUUUGAGUGGACCGAGGAGUGUGCUUUGGCCUUCCAGCAGCUUAAAGAAUAUCUCUCUUAUCCACCUAUCAUGUCCAGUCCUGACAUAGAUGAAGUUCUAUUUGCUUAUAUUGUUGUGGCCCCUCAUGCUGUGAGUCUGGUGUUAAUACAAGUUGACAGUGGCAUAAAACGGCCAGUCUACUAUGUGAACAAGUCAUUACAUGAGGCUGAGAUUCGCUAUCUACCACUGGAGAAAGCCAUCCUGGCAAUAGUGCAUGGAUUCACCUAUCAAAAGAUGAUGACUAAGAUGUUUGAACCACAGUUGGGCAAGAAUAUUGAGGUUUAUAUAAACGAUAUAGUGGUGAAGAGUAAGGUGGUGUCUAAGCAUGUGGGAGACGUCGGAAACAUUUUUGAAAUUUUGAGGAAACACAAGUUAUGCCUUAACACUUCCAAGUGCUCUUUUGGUGUAGGAUUAGGCAAGUUUCUAAGCUAUAUGGUGACUCACCGGGGAAUCGAGGGAUUUAAGUGGACCGAGGAGUGUGCUUUGGCCUUCCAGCAGCUUAAGGAAUAUCUCUCUCAUCCACCUAUCAUGUCCAGUCCUGAGAUAGAUGAAGUUCUAUCAUCUUAUAUUGCUGUGGCCCCUCAUGCUGUGAGUUUGGUGUUGAUACGAGUUUACAGUGGCAUAAAACGGCCAGUCUACUAUCUUCCACUUAGAGUUGUACUUCGAAGUACCGACUACACGAGAAGGAUUGCUAAAUGGGGCACAGUUCUAGGGGCUUUUGACAUCAAGUAUAUGCCCCGUACCUCUGUCAAGGGUCAAGUCCUUGCCGACCUGGUGGCGGAGUUCGCUGAACCCUUACUAGAAGAAGUGGCAGCGACGCAAAACAUGGAUGAAAAAUUGGUUGACACAAUCUCCCUACAAAAGCCUUUAUUAUGGAAAGUAUAUGUAGACAGUGCUGCAAAUCAAAAAGGCUCCAGAGUGGGGCUAAUUUUGAUCUCACCUGAGAAGCUUACCAUUGAAAAAUCAUUAAGAUUGGGCUUCUCGGUCACAAAUAAUGAAGCUAAAUAUGAAGCUUUGCUAGAAGGAAUGUCCAUGGUUCAAAUAAUGGGAGGAAAGGUAGUAAAGAUGUUUUCAGACUCAAGACUAGUCGUCGGCCAGGUGAAAGGCGAAUUAGAAGCAAGAGACGAGAGAAUGCAGGGGUACUUAAGUCAAGUUAGGUAUUUGCAAUCAAGAUUUGAAUCAUUCAGCCUGCUGCACAUCCCUAGGAGUGGAAACACACACACUGACUCCCUAACCACACUUGGAACCUCCUCGGCGCGGAACCUACCUCGGGUUAUCCUCAUAGAAGACUUGUGCAAACCCAUGGAGGUAAAGGGAAAGACGGUUCAUGUUCACCAAGUUAGAGUAGGGCCUAGUUGGAUGGAUCCGAUAGUAUUAUUCCUGAGAGAGGACAUCUUGCCAGAGGAUAAAUCAGAGGCUGACAAAGUACGGAGAAAGACGCCUCGUUUCUGGCUAUCCGAGGACUAA